AUGGCGAUACCUCCCAAGAAAACUUCCAGCCAGCAAGAUCCAUCAUGGAAACGCUCGAAAGGAUUCAGGAUAGGGAAGAACAAACCAGGGGUAUCCCAAUCGGUUUAUCUCGGAAAAGCCGAAAAGAUCAAAAAGACAUUGAUACAUAAAGCCAAGUUGAAGAAACAGCGUGCAAAGGAACUCGUCAAGGCAGGCUAUAGCGCCAGCUCGGACCGAACGCCCGAAAGCCGAACCGCUGAUAACGAAGAAGAAGAGCAGCCUUCGGAGAGGGCAGAUCGUCGGGAUAGCCAACCAGGACCUGCAAGUUCUCGAAGGCCGCAAAACAACCCCAAACCCCCCACACGCCCCGCAAACACCUCCAAACAUCCGUCGAACCAACCCAAUCAACAGUCUCCGAAAGCCUCCGCCCAAGUCCCUCACAGCUCUUCCAGUUCUACCUUAAUGGAACCAAAUCCUCAAUCAGCCAGGAGGGGAAGACACCAAGAUCAUCGCUCCAACAAUCUUCACAAGAAUCCUAUCAAGCCUCCGAAAGCUAGGAUCCAGCAUGCUAACGGCCAACCCAAACUAUCCCAUCGUGUCUCCAAGAUCUUGAGUAAAUUGGAGCGUGAGAAGGAUCAAUAG